CCUGCUGAGCUUUGGAAUCGCAAAGCUGAAAAACCACUUCGAGUAAGACUGAAGCGGUCAUUGAUUGAUGCUGUAGCGGCAGAAAAUGCAGCAGAUGAAACGCAGCAAGAAAAAUUAGUGAAACCGUUUGAGCCCUGGCAGCCGAUUGAUCCUUCAAAACAGAUUGGACUUUUGAAAGCAUUUUACGAUAGAAAGGGGAUGAGUGUGGAGGAGCUUGCUAUUAAUGAAUUUCGCCUCAAAAGUAAAGAUGAAAAACUACUUGUCAAGUAUGCAAUUCAAGGACGCAAGCGUUUACCAUCGGGAUAUUUACAAGCAGAAGAAACAAAGAAACGGAAACGUAAAGGAGACAGCAAGGCCACUGUUUCUACAACCCCACAGACUGCAACGCCAAUGGCUGGAGUAUCAGCACCGACAAUUUCUCCCAGUCACGGUCCUGUAAGUGCACAUACACCUGGAGCAACAGCGUUGAGCCUAUCUGCAGAAACACCCAAAACUGCAUUGGCCAAUCCAAGCGGCGCGUCAAGUUUAGACCCUUCAAAGCUAGCGACUGUCAAGUCUGAAUCGAAAGCACGAAAAGAUGAUAAGAGACUUGCAGGUCGAAAGGGAAAUGCUGGUAAACCCAUGCAGACAAUAGUAUAA